UUUGGUUUUUUUUUUAAAAAAUAUUCAAAUUAUUGGAAAUAAAGCGAAUAAUAUUUCAUGUUUUCACCGUUCUACAAUUCAUCGACGGUCCGAUGUAUUAAUAGUUCGUGACGUCAGUGUUAUUCCCUUAUUGUAUCAUUGCAAUAGAUUAUCAAUACAAUUAAAUACACUGAUAUGUCUGUAUAGUAUAUACUUUAUCCUUUAUAGUUUUAAUUUUAGUACUCCCGAUUCCGUCGUUGUCGAACGUUGUCGUCGUGAAUUAAAUCGUAAAUCUAAAUACGUAUUUUAAUAUCAAUUAAAAAAAUCAAUUAAAACAUUAUUAAAUCGCCUUCGUUGUUAUGUUGAUGAAUUUGGUUCCGAUAUUUUUUAAAUUGAUUCGAGUAUUUUAUUUUAUAAAAUUUGUGAAACAAAAGUAAAUUCUAAUAAAAAAUAUAACAUGUCUCAACAUUUAAAAACUGACAAACAUCUCAAGGGCAUUAAUCGAUGUAAAGAACAAACACAAAGAAAACAACAACAAUUAAUGACUGUUAAUAUCUCUAAAAAAUCAUCAUUGAAUAAAGAUUUGUGUGAAGCUCUAAUUUCCGCAAACAUUCCGUUAAAUAAACUAUCAAACGCAAAAUUUAAAACAUUUUUAGAAACAUAUACAAAAAAUUAAAUUCCCUGUGAGGCCACAUUAUGCAAAGGAUAUGUAGACGAUAUUUACACGGAGACCUUGAAUGCUAUCAGAGAAAAAAAUUUCCAACAAAAUGAUUUGGGUCAGUAUUGACGAGACCACUGAUAUCGACGGUCGUUUCAUCGCAAAUGUAAAUGUUGGUACUCUUGAAGAACAUCGUUCAGGUGAAAUUUUUUUACUUAAUUCUGAUGAGUUGGAUAAAUCUAACCAUUCUACCAUAUGUAAACUAUUUGAUAAAUCAAUGAAUAUACUAUGGCCAGGUGGUAUCCACCAUGAUAACGUGCUUUUGUUUUUAUCCGAUGCCGCACCUUACAUGGUCAAAGCGGGUGAAGUUCUGAAAUCGUUUUAUUCAAAAAUGAUUCACGUAACAUGUGCAGUUCAUGGGCUCCACAGGGUCGCGGAAGAAGUAAGAGGUCAAUUUAGUACUGUCGACAAAAUCAUUUCGUGUGUGAAAAUAAUAUUUAGAAAAGCACCAAGUCGUUUACUACUAUUUAAAACAGAAGCACCAAACAUAAGAUUACCCCCAGAACCAAUCAAUUCUCACCCGCUGGGGAAGUUGGAUUAAUGCCGCUGUAUAUUAUUGUGAACAUUUCAAGAUUAUACACCAUGUUAUUUUUAUGUUAGAUAAAAAUGAAGCAAUCAGUAUAAGAGAUGAACAACAUUAUAUUGUAAAACCUGGUUUAAAAAAUAAUCUUACGUACAUUAAAUCAAAUUUUGUUAAAUUAACUAUGGCUAUUGAUAAUUUACAACAGCAAAAUAUACCAUUUUCCGAGUCAAUUAAAGUAGUUCAAUAUAUAAAAAGAAGCUUUGAAACUUUGAGGGAUCAGAAUGGGAAAGCUGUGAACAAAAAGUUACACCAAGUUCUUGAAAAAAAUCAUGGAUUGUCGGCAUUAAUAAAAAUAUCUAAUAUUUUAACGGAUGAAGAAAUAUCUGAAAAUCUAGACGGGCUACCUGAAGAUCUAAACUGUAAUGACUUGGUAUUUUAUAAGUACGCACCAAUAACGUCUGUUGACGUUGAGAGGUCAUUUUCUACUUACAAGACUGUACUAUCAAAUAACUGCAGUUGAUCUUUCAAAUUCGAAAAUUUACGAAAACAUUUAAUAAUCCAGGUUUUAAUUCAACCAGUCCAGCCAGUCUCUGAACCGUCAAUGAACAUAAACGUUUUAUAAAACAGUAUAAUAAUUAUAUAACAGUAUAGUAAUUGACAAAUGUAAUU